AUGAUUUCCGAAUUUAUUAUUCGUAAACAAGAGGUACAAGAUAAAGAAGAGAGUGUUUCACAGCCCGUUUUUGGUGAUGAAGAAGAGAAUUCUAAAAAUGAGGAUCCAGUAAAAAAGAAACCUCGCGUAACAAGAAAACGAGGACAAAAUAAGGAACGAGCAAAUAAAACAUUUGCCGAGCAAAUUCGCUUGUGUCAUAAAACCUCCUUGGGUGAGAAAUGUGUCAAUGAACUUUGCAAGUUCAGCCAUGAUCUAGAAGAAUUUUUAAAAAUCAAAGGAGAGGAUCUAGGCGAUAGAUGUGUAAACUUUGAGAGAUUUGGAAAAUGUCGGUUUGGAUACAAAUGUCGUUAUUUAAAGGCUCAUUUGUCACCUGAUGGAAAGUUGAUUGUGACCGAUGUAUAUCUUGCAGAAAUGAGACAGGAAAUUGAAAAACAGAAAGAUUUAGAAAAAGCAAACAGGCAGGCAAGGUUAAAUCUUGAUGGUUUACUUAAUCAGCCCGAAGAGAUUUCGGAUAAAGUCCAGGAUAAAGUUGAGGAUACGAACGAAAGUAAUAUUUUGAAAGAUGAAAGGUCUGAUGAAAUUAUAGAUUCAAAAGAAGAAAUUACAAAUGCGAGAAAAAAGAUAAAAAUUGAACAUAAUGAUUCUAAUAGUGAAGAAAAGGGAAAUAUUGGAGAAAGUAUUGAUACAAAACCUAAAGAGGAUGUUAAUGUAGAAGAAUUUAUAGAAUCUCCAGAUGUGCCAUUACGUAUGUGUGAAAAGAAAAAGAUAACAUUUAAAAACAAGCUAUAUUUAGCACCGCUUACAACGGUUGGAAAUUUACCUUUCCGACGUAUUUGUAAAGAAUUUGGAGCUGAUAUAACGUGUGGUGAAAUGGCAAUGGCAAUAAACUUAUUACAAGGACAGCAAAGUGAAUGGGCCUUAUUGAAAAGGCAUAUUAGUGAAGAUUGUUUUGGGGUUCAAAUUUGUGGGGCAAAAGCCGAUCAUCUUGUAAAGUGUGCCGAGUUGAUAAAUAAUGAGAUUGAAGCUGAAUUUGUUGAUGUAAAUCUGGGUUGUCCUAUCGAUCUGAUUUUUAAUAAGGUUAAAUGUCUACAAGGGUGUGGAAGUAAACUAUUGAUGCACGAUGGAAGAUUAGGAAAAAUUCUUAAGGGGAUGAAUAAGGUUAUGGACAUUCCUGUAACAGUGAAAUUGCGUACCGGAAUAUUGGAUAAUUCGCCACUUGCGCAUAAAUUGGUUCCUAAAUUUCAGAAUUGGGGUGUUGCAAUGGCUACGUUACACGGUCGUUCACGUCAGCAAAGAUACACAAAAUUUGCCGACUGGAAUUAUAUUUCUGAAGUCGCUCUCAAAGCAAAUGAAAUGGCUUUCUUUGGCAAUGGAGAUGUAUUGGGAUACGAAGAUUAUUACCAACACGUCGAAAAUGAUCACAUUGAUGGAAUCAUGAUUGGACGUGGAGCUUUGAUUAAACCCUGGAUUUUUGAUGAGAUCAAAUCUAAACGACAUUAUGACAUUUCAUCCAAGGAAAGAUUUGAUAUAUUGAAAAGAUUUUGUGAUUACGGAAUGGAACAUUGGGGCUCUGAUACAAUUGGAAUUAAUCAAACUCGACGAUUUUUAUGUGAAUGGAUGAGCUUCUUAUAUAGAUAUAUCCCUGUUGGAUUACUUGAAGUAUUACCACAACGUAUAAAUGAACGUCCACCUAUUUUUCAUGGUAGAAAUGAAUUGGAAACAUUAAUGGCAAGUCCAAAUAGUAAAGAUUGGGUUAAAAUCAGUGAAAUGUUAUUAGGACCUGCUCCUGAUAGUUUUUCAUUUGUACCAAAACACGCUGCAAAUUCUUAUGAAGUAAUGGAAGCAGCUGAGGGUGAAGGUUCGAAUACCGUCGAGGAGGAAAACAUUGAGUGGGUUCACGGUUCUUCUUUGCCACCUAUCGCAAAGCAACCAUAUGCCUUUAGAAACGCUUUAAAAACAACAAUAAAACAAAUCGUUUUUAACUCCAGAAGUCGAUUCAUUAACUCGGAUAAUGAUAACAGAAUGUUAAUGUUUUUACAUGAGAAAUCUCAGGAAGUUUCGAUUUGCUUGAAUAAUACGAAGGAUGAGAUUUUAUUUGAAAUAGGGGCCUUUUAUUCUCAUCCGGAAGGGUACCCUUACAGGAAUAAAGGCAAUUAUAAAGGCAAUUCGAGAGAGGCGGACCCCACGGGUGGAAAGCUAGCCGGAAUUACGUGUAUUAUCCUCAAGCCGGCUACCUCCGACAUCAAACAUCUUAAAAAUGUGGAAACUUCGAUCAAGAAUAUGAUCUAUAUGGCAAAAUACCCAAGGGAUGACGAUUUUGGAAUUAGGGGAAGAAAUAACGAUAACUAUAAUUCACGACCUCCUAAUGGGAGAAACAAAGUUCAUCCAAUGGCGCAAAAUAAUCAUCCAAUUCCCGCAAUUGAUCCAAAAGAUGUAAUGCCGCUUUGCUAUAACAAACCAAUUAGAAAACGCGAUAUGUAUGUAGUAUGUGUUUGUCCUUCUCACAAACGCGCGAUUGUUUAUUCAUCCGAGGGUAUAUUUAGUCAUUUCCAAUUUAUUCUUAAACAACGAUUCGGUUGGAAGUGGGAGAGGAUGUGGUAUAAAAAUAAAAUCGGAAUAUGGACGGAACUCAACAAUGAAGAAGUUUGGAUCAGUGUGAAAAAACUAGUCGUUGAUAAAGCGAUUCCAAGAAUCGAGGUUUUUAUGAGAUAA